UCAGUACACUACAGGCCCUGCAGACGUUUAGUCACCUCUCGACAGCUCAACAGCUGCUGGUACUCUGGUAUUUAAUCAGAUGUGCUUCUGAGUUGUCAGUAGACUUGAAUAGAGGGAUUUAAAGCCGCUAACUGAUGAAGUUUUGGAGCAUGAGGGUGAGCCAAGUGUUGCAGUUGUCCACUUUACUGGUAGGACUUCACCAUGUCUGGUGUUCACCUGCACUAGGUCAGGUCCCUGUGUCUCAGGUGAAGAUGCUCUCGCUGGGUCUGGCUCACCUGCUGGAAGAGGUGAGUGAGAACGUGGAGCGACUGGAGCAGCACGGCGAAAUGAUGGGAAGAGAGAUGGACGGGGCAACAAAGCGUUUGGAGAGCCUUCGUAAGAAAAAUAUACAAGUUGGACGGACUCACAAACAGGUGAGGAAGGUCCUGCAGACAUUGUCUGCCAGGAGGGACAGACAAUGGAGGACAGUCAGAGACCUGCAGAAGGAGUCGGAGGAUCUGGAGACUGAACAGGCAGCCAUUCAAUGCCGCAUGAACCGGAUCCUCCAGAGUAUGAAGAGCCUGACUGAGGCAAGGUCAGGGGGUGGGGCUUGCACUGGCAUCAGCUCCAUGAAGGUUCUCGUUGAUAAACAGGCCCGACGACUUGCCAGCCUGACCUCUGAGGUCUCUGCGUGGGAGAGAAUGAUCGACAGACGCCAGCAGUACAUCGAACAUCUGGAGAAACAGCUGUCUUCAGAUGCCUAAAAGCCUCCCAGCAGCGCAGAGGGCAGAGGUUCACCCAGACUGUGACCGAUGAGCACAGCUGCAUCAACACUGUGACUCUGACCAACUUACAGGCUGAGACUGAUGCUGCAAAACUGACAAGGCAAACAGCUCUGACAGUCAGCCAUGUGAGACGUCAGUGCCUCUUUAAACGUGUGUGCCAUCUGCAUCUCACAAGGACGUAUUGUUUUUUUACAGCAUAAAGCAAAUAUUUUUA